AUGAAUUUAAAUGCAUUAAAUUCAUUAAAUGCAGAAAAAGGAGCUAUUUUUAUCAAAAAAUGUGCUCAAACUAUCACAGAACCACUGUACAUAAUACUGAACUUAUCCGUGAACACAUUUGGCAUUUAUCCUGAUGUAUGGAAGAUAGCUAAAAUAAUACCGAUUCAUAAGAGUGGCUCGCGGUUGAGUAUUGAAAAUUACCGCCCAAUAUCGAUACUUAAUACUUUCAGUAAAGUCUUUGAAAAGAUAAUUUAUAAAGCCAUCCACAAUAUAAUAAGUAAUUCACUUCCCGAUGAACAGCAUGGUUUUAUCAAUAAACGUUCUACGAUAACCAACUUAACCGUGUUUACGAACUAUGUACUGCAAAGUAUGGAUGGUGGUGCACAGGUUGAUGUAAUUUACACAGACUUUGAGAAGGCUUUCGACAGAGUGGAUCACACCAUCCUAUUGCAUAAGCUUCAACUUCUAGGGAUACGUGGUGACCUUCAUCGCUGGUUUUGUUCAUAUAUAACAAAUCGUAGACAGGCGGUUGCGGUGGGCAGUGCUAGAAGUGACUUUGUUCAUAUAAGUUCUGGAGUUCCUCAAGGAUCUAUAUUGGGUCCCCUGUUAUACAAUGCAUAUCUUUAUGACAUAAAUAGUAGCAUUAAAGAUUCAAAUUACCUUAUGUUCGCUGAUGAUAAAAAGAUAUACUUAAAAAUAAACAAAGAAGGAGACUGUCAAAAAAUUCAGGCUGACUUAAAUAACCUUUCCAAUUAUUAUAGACAGAAUCGAAUAUCGGUUAAUACUUCUAAAUGUGUCAAAAUAACAUUCACCAGAAAAAAAAACAAAAUUGACUUUAGCUAUCAUAUUAAUAACAAAUCCGUAAAAGAAGUAGAUUGUGUUCGUGACUUAGGUAUAUGGUUAGACUAUAAAAUGACGUAUAAUAACCAUAUUGACACCAUAGUUGACAAGGCCUAUAAGCAGCUUGGUGUUGUAAGACGUGUUAGUGAACAUUUUCAUGAUGUCGACUGUAUGAAAGUGCUAUACUAUACAUAUGUAAGAAGUAUUCUCGAAUAUGGUUGCUCGGUUUGGUCACCUAGUUACACUGUACACAAAGAAAAAAUUGAAAAGACUUCAUAA